CUUCCUUUUUCUCUUUUUUCCCUACUUUUUUUCUUGGCUUUUCCGGGGGUUGGGGGCAAGCGCGCCCCCUUUUGUCCCCCUUGCAACGUCAAUGAGCGGCAUACGAAGUGAAUAAAAGAUUUGAUUACAUCCCGUUGUCUUAAAUUGGCUUCCGUAUAUUUUAUGGCUACACGUAAUUUCUAUUUUCAGUCAUGUCCCGUGCGUGUGAUGCGAGUGGACGCGGCCAGACUAUACAUACAGUUAAAUGUAUGUGAACAUGAUCUGAUCACCGCCUCCUGCUGGCCCUCGCACAAAAAUACAGUCACGCCGCGCGUGCCGAGCCACACACAAAUAAAAUCGGACGAAUCUGGAUCUGGAAUUCUGCAAAACACAAUCCAUAAACGUUAGAUCAACUUAUUUUUAUUGUCUCCUGGUUGGUGUAGAUUACUGAAAUGGAGGGUGGAGCUUAUGGAGCUGGUAAAGCGUCAAGUUCAGGAUUAAAUCCGGGCGCUAUCAUGAGGAAACCUCAAGUCAUCUUGCGUGCAGUAGCUUGGCUGUUUUCAAUCAUUGUGUUUGGCUGCAUUGCAAAUCAAGGAUGGGUGUCUGUCUUUGGAUUAAGUGGAACAUAUUGCAUCUUCAAUUUAGAUUCGAAUGCCUGCAAUUUUGGGAUCACCAUUGGUGUCUUUGCCUUUCUGGCUUGCAUGGGAUUCCUUGUCGUUGAUAUUAUGUUUGACAACUUAAGCAAUGUGCAGAUGAGGAAAUAUGCUGUCAUAGCUGACUUGGCAUUUUCAGGCCUCUGGACGUUUAUGUGGUUCGUUUGCUUCUGUUACCUGACUGAUGCCUGGAGACGUGCUCCAGCUGAAUUUGGUGAAAUAGCUGGUGCCGGACAGGCUCGUGCUGCCAUCGCUUUCAGCUUUUUCUCCAUUAUUCCUUGGGCCGGCCUGACGGUUCUGGCCUUCCUGAGGUACAGGCAGGGCGCCCAGGCAGCCUUCUCACAGAGCUACGAACCAGAAGGCGGUGCACCCCAACCAAGCGGGCAGGUUACCGGUGGCGACUCCUACCAGCAACCCCCCUUCUCGGAGAAAACGGAGGUACCGGACUCGCAGUUCCAGUCGCCAACCUACUAGGUGAGUCGCUCGACGCAGAAGGGAAUGGCUGCAGAGGAACCAGAUUUAUUUUUCUUCAGAUGAAAGGAAAUUAUGAAAAUGAAAGUUUUGGUAUUGAAUUUGGGAUGGAUUUGUAAUUGAUGAGGGACCAGCUUUUGUACUGCAUACACUUCUUGAUGAAUUGAUUGUUGUGUUAUGCUUUCUUAACCAUCAAUACCUGUGUAUCGUACAAGUGUGAUUUUAGCAAUUUUGAUAGCACUUUUCAUUUACAGCAUUUUAAUAAAAUGGAGAAAUUAUAAUGAUAUAUGCCUUUUUUUUGUUGAAAUUCAUAGUCUCGGCUGUAAAGUCGAUGAAUAUCACUGUAGCUCUGUAUUUCAUAGACCCUUAGCACUAUAGUUACACAUGGUUUGCAUUAAUGCAUAUCAUACGUAAUGCAUUGCACAUUAAAGUACACGUAUGGAAGAAUGAAAUGAGGCGAUAAAACUCAUAUUACAUACUGUAUAAGUACAAUGAAUGGGGUCAUAUGAUACAUAUUGCACAGGAACGUGUACAUAUAUAUCUCGGACUGCAGUAUAAUGCCUAGGCUAUAAAUGCAGUUUUGAUACGCUUUGAUACAUUUUGAAUGAUACAAUGAAAGUGGAGUUGAGAUGUCAUAAGUUUUAUUGUAUAAAUUCAAGCAUCUUCAGAGGAUAU